UUUCGAUUUACACAGUAACCAACCAACCAUCAAAGACCCCACAUCACUAGUUUUCUAGUAUUUUUCUACAAAUCAGAAUCGUCACCAACCCCCUUCUGCACCCACCACCACCGCCAAUAUAUACACACACACCACUUUGCGAUCCACCACUCUCAUUGUUGGUGAGUAAGUGCUGUGUCUCCCAAGAGAGAGAGAAGAAAGAAAGAAAGAAAGAAGCAAUGGCCAUGGCUCUUCGUAGACUCUCCUCCACUCUUAACAAACAAACAUAUUCCCUUUAUCGCAUGUCUUCUUCUCUGUCGCUGCAAGAGAGAGACAAAGCUCGCGCUGCCUGGGUGAAGCAGCUCAACGAGCCUCUCGAAGUCAUUGAUCCUGAGAUCGCCGAAAUAAUCGAACUCGAAAAAGCUCGUCAAUGGAAGGGGCUGGAACUUAUACCUUCGGAGAACUUCACGUCAGUGUCAGUGAUGCAAGCUGUUGGAUCUGUGAUGACAAACAAAUACAGCGAAGGGUAUCCGGGAGCUAGAUACUACGGAGGAAAUGAGUACAUUGACAUGGCCGAGACCUUGUGUCAGAAACGUGCACUUGAAGCUUUCAAUUUGGAUCCAGCAAAAUGGGGAGUUAAUGUGCAGUCAUUAUCUGGCUCCCCUUCCAACUUCCAAGUUUACACUGCUUUAUUGAAGCCUCAUGAGAGAAUUAUGGCACUUGAUCUUCCACAUGGUGGGCAUUUGUCACAUGGCUAUCAGACUGACACCAAGAAGAUAUCAGCUGUAUCUAUAUUCUUUGAAACGAUGCCAUACAGAUUGGAUGAAAGCACUGGUUAUAUUGAUUAUGACCAGUUGGAGAAAAGUGCUGCACUUUUUAGGCCAAAAUUAAUAGUUGCUGGUGCCAGUGCUUAUUCCCGCCUUUACGAUUAUGCAAGAAUUCGCAAGGUCUGUGAUAAGCAGAAGGCAAUUAUGUUGGCUGAUAUGGCACACAUCAGUGGAUUGGUUUCUGCAGGUGUUAUUCCUUCUUGUUUUGAUUAUGCAGAUGUUGUGACAACCACAACACAUAAGUCACUCCGUGGACCACGUGGGGCUAUGAUCUUCUUCAGGAAGGGUCUGAAAGAGAUAAACAAGCAAGGGAAGGAAGUGUUCUAUGACUAUGAAGAUAAAAUAAAUCAGGCUGUUUUUCCUGGACUUCAAGGUGGUCCACACAACCACACAAUUUCAGGCUUAGCAGUUGCACUGAAGCAGGCUAUGACACAAGAAUUCAAGGAUUACCAAAAGCAAGUUGUCAGUAAUUGUGCGGUAUUCUCACAGAGUUUGCUAGAGAAAGGCUACGAUAUUGUAUCUGGUGGAACUGAUAACCAUCUAUUGUUAGUGAACUUAAGAAACAAGGGCAUCGAUGGCUCAAGGGUAGAGAAGGUGUUAGAAGCAGUUCAUAUAGCAGCCAAUAAAAAUACUGUUCCAGGGGAUGUGUCUGCUAUGGUUCCCGGAGGCAUCCGAAUGGGGACCCCUGCUCUCACAUCAAGAGGGUUUGUUGAGGAGGAUUUUAAGAAAGUAGCUGAAUUUUUUGAUUUAGGAGUCAAGUUAGCCUUACAGAUUAAGGCAAAUACCAAAGGUACGAAGUUGAAAGAUUUUUCUGCAGAAAUGCAAUCAGAUGCAUACCAAUCUGAUAUUGCAAAGCUCCGUCAUGAAGUUGAGGAAUAUGCAAAGCAGUUCCCCACAAUUGGCUUUGAGGUGGAGAAAAUGAAGUACGGUAAUUGAACAUGUUAUAUGACAUAUGCUUGGGAGUUGAAUUCUGGAAAUAACAGGUGUUGCUUAAUGGCAUUGUACCCACCGAGGCUUGAUACAAUUUGAAUUGUAUUGUUGCCCAUUACCAAAAUGAAGAAAGGGAAAAUUUCGUUCUAUUGUAGAGUUUAGCAUGUUCUUCCAAAGUAUUGAAUUGAAAAUGAAAAUUCCCUUCUAUUGUC